GCUCCGGGAUUGGCCUGCCAGGCGCCGCGGACCCGGCCUCCCUGCACCCGGGAAGGGCGCCGCGGGGCGGAGCGAGGCCGCUGCUUCCCUCGCCGGCUUGGGAGCUGAGACUGUGUGCACCUUGCGACAGAACUGUGAAAUUUGGAGGCAGUCCAAGCAAAUAUAUCAUAAUGGCAGCAGAUUCUAUGGAAAUUGAUGAUGCUUUGUACAGUCGGCAGAGGUAUGUUCUUGGAGACACAGCAAUGCAGAAGAUGGCUCAGUCCCAUGUGUUCCUGAGUGGAAUGGGUGGGCUUGGAGUGGAGAUAGCUAAGAACAUAGUUCUUGCAGGAAUAAAGGCUCUUACCAUCCAUGAUACCAAGCAAUGCAAGACGUGGGAUUUAGGGACAAACUUUUUUGUUCGUGAAGAUGAUGUUCUAAAUUUAAGAAACAGAGGUGAGGCAUCACUUCAUCACAUUGCAGAGCUGAACCCAUAUGUCCAGGUGAUGUCAUCAACUACCCCUUUAAAUGAAGUUACAGACAUCUCUUUCCUCAGACAGUACCAGUGUGUCAUAGUAACUGAGAUGAAGCUGUCACUACAGAAGAAGAUAAAUGACUUUUGCCGUGCGCAGCACCCACCAAUUAAGUUUAUAAGUGCAGAUGUAUACGGGAUAUGGGCACGUCUGUUUUGUGAUUUUGGUGAUGAAUUUGAAGUCCUAGACACCACAGGUGAAGAGCCAAAAGAAAUCUUCAUUUCAAACAUAUCUCAGUCCAAUCCUGGUAUUGUCACUUGCCUUGAUAAUAACCCUCAUAAGCUUGAAACGGGACAGUUUGUAACUUUCCGGGAAGUUAAUGGAAUGCAGUGUUUAAAUGGAUCCACGCAUCAAAUAACUGUGGUAUCACCUUAUUCUUUUAGCAUUGGGAAUACGGUGGAUAUGGAACCUUACUUACAUGGCGGCAUAGCUAUCCAAAUAAAGACGCCUAAGAUAUUCCAUUUUCAACAGCUGGAGAAGCAGUUGAUUAACCCAACAUGCCUCGUUGCAGAUUUCAGCAAGCCUGAGGCCCCUCUGCAAAUUCACAUUGCCAUGCUUGCCUUGAAUCAGUUCCAAGAGAGUUUUGCUCGUAUGCCGACAAUUGGGUGCCUUCAGGAUGCUGAAGAGAUGCUGAAGAUGGCAGUGUCCAUAAGUAAAACAUUGGAAGGCAAACCUCAAGUUAAUGAAGACACGGUGAAAUGGCUAUCAAGGAUGGCUCAGGGAUCUUUGGCACCUCUUACAGCAGCACUCGGUGGUGUUGCCAGUCAAGAAGUCUUGAAAGCAGUGACAGGAAAAUUUUCUCCCCUGCAACAAUGGCUGUAUACUGAUGCAUUUGAAUUAGUCACAUUUCUAGAAAAAGUGAGCCAUGAAGAAUUCCUUCCAAGAGGGGACAGGUACGACGCCUUGAGAGCCUGCAUUGGAGACUCCUUGUGUCAGAAGCUGCACCGUCUUAAUGUUUUCUUGGUUGGUUGUGGUGCGAUAGGCUGUGAAAUGUUGAAAAAUUUUGCACUCCUUGGUGUUGGCACUGGACGAGAAAGGGGCAUGGUUACAAUUACAGAUCCUGACUUAAUAGAAAAAUCCAAUUUAAAUAGGCAAUUUCUGUUCCGUCCACACCAUAUACAGAAGCCCAAAAGUUGUACAGCAGCAACAGCGACACGUAACAUCAAUCCUCAGAUCAAGAUAGACCCAUAUCUGAACAAAGUUUGCCCAGCUACUGAGAACGUGUACAAUGAUGAUUUCUACACUGCACAAGAUGUAGUUGUUACUGCGCUAGACAAUGUGGAAGCAAGGAGAUACAUUGACAGUCGCUGUCUGGCAAGCUUGCGCCCUCUCUUAGAUUCCGGAACGAUGGGGACCAAAGGGCAUACAGAAGUCAUUGUGCCUCACCUAACAGAAUCGUACAACAGUCAUCGAGAUCCACCUGAAGAAGAAAUACCAUUUUGUACUUUAAAGUCUUUCCCAGCUGCCACUGAGCACACAAUACAGUGGGCAAGAGACAAGUUUGAAAGCGCUUUUUCACACAAGCCUUCCCUGUUUAACAAGUUUUGGCAAACGUAUCCAUCAGCAGAAGAGGUGUUACAGAGAAUAAAGUCUGGCGAGAGUUUGGAAGGCUCUUUCCAAGUUAUUAAAUGCCUUAGUAGAAGGCCCAGAAGUUGGCCCCAGUGUGUUGAAUUAGCAAGAUUAAAGUUUGAGAAAUAUUUUAAUCAUAAGGCACUCCAGUUACUUCAUUCAUUUCCCAUAGACACACGAUUAAAAGAUGGCAGUUUAUUUUGGCAGUCACCAAAGAGACCGCCUUUCCCGAUACAGUUUGAUAUCAACGAUCCUUUGCACUACAGCUUCAUAUUGAGUACAGCAAAAUUAUUUGCAGUUAUUUACUGCAUCCCUUUUACAGAAAAGGAUAUGUCAGAAGAAACCAUUUUAAAGAUCAUUUCCGGACUGAGGAUUCAAGAGUUUCGGCCUUCUAACAAAGUUGUACAAACAGAUGAAACGGUGAGGAAACCAGAUCCCAUUCCGAUAAGCAGUGAGGAUGAAAGGAAUGCUGUACUUCAGUUGGAGACUGCCAUAUUGGCCAAUGAAGCUACAAAAAAUGAUUUACAAAUGAAGGAACUCGCUUUUGAAAAGGAUGAUGACAGUAACGGGCACAUAGACUUCAUAACAGCAGCUUCAAAUCUGCGAGCCAAAAUGUAUAACAUUGAACCAGCAGAUCGGCUCAAAACAAAACGGAUUGCCGGAAAGAUUAUCCCAGCCAUUGCAACUUCCACAGCGGCUGUGUCUGGCUUGGUUGCUUUGGAAUUGAUCAAAAUUGUGGGUGGCUACCCCUUUCAGGCAUACAAAAACUGCUUUUUCAACUUGGCCAUUCCGAUAAUUGUCUUCACAGAAACAGCUGAAGUGAGGAAAACUGAAAUAAGAAAUGGAAUAUCUUUUACAAUCUGGGAUCGAUGGACUAUUUAUGGGAAAGAUGAUUUCACACUCUUGGACUUCAUAAACGCUGUCAAAGAGAAAUACGGAAUUGAGCCAACUAUGGUGGUGCAGGGAGUUAAAAUGCUGUAUGUUCCUGUAAUGCCUGGGCAUGUCAAAAGAUUAAAGCUGACAAUGCAAAAACUUGUGAAACCAGCAGCGAAUAAGAGGUAUGUGGACCUUACAGUAUCAUUUGCUCCAGAAACAGAUGGUGAAGAAGACUUGCCGGGACCACCAGUUCGAUACUAUUUUGCCCACGAAAAUAACUGAUGCAGGCCUACCGUUUACAGCAUAGCAGGACCACAUGCAAGGAGUGUGGCACCAUUUUUUAAAUGGUACUAUAUACUUGGUGAAGCCUUAAUUCAGAAACAAAACAGUGGAAAUUUGUGAGAUGUACUAAGGAGCUCCAUAGCAAAUCGGACUUUUAAUUUCCUUGUAUGUAGCAUUUUCAUAGCUAUCUAUACCUAAGGAGGACUGGAAGCUUGCUGGAAAUGAUGGUUCUUUUUGAAGAAAACACACUUAUUAAGCACUGCAGGAAGACCAGAACUGCAAUCAUAAAACCUGAUCACAGACACUGACCAUUAAAGGAGGUGGCAGUUGAGAUUUGAAGAAGCUGCCAAUUUAUACCAUCCUAAAACUGAUUUCCUUUUGUUUUGUUUCAUCUUGGCCCCUAAGCCAGUUCAUCCCGCUGACGUUCAUUUCAGUAACACAGCUAUUCUUUUUCCCCUUCUGAUGCUGAUAGCACAUUUGAAAUGUUGCUUUGGAAUAGAGUCAUAGUGAGGAGAAGCUGAGCUCUUGUAAAGUUAGGUUUUAUGUUCUUCUAAAAAUAAUAAUUAUGUCUUUCCUUGUAAAUCAGAAACAACACCAAUUCUGUUCCAGGCAGCGAUUGUCAGGGCUAGUUUGCUUUUUCGUACUGGUUUUAUUUAAUAAGCUUGGUAAUUCGUUCUUCGUAUGAAGAGUUUAGCCCAGUACAUUGAACUGAAUUGAAAAUACAAGUGUGGGGCUUUUAGCUGAAACUUGUCAACUGCCACAUCCUUCAACUGCCACCUCGGGUCAGAGUGAACACCUGGUGACAGAACCACAUAUUUUUACACCUUGAUCUGCUUCAAUCACAUAGGAAGAAAGGGAUGGGUCCUAUUUUGGCAGUAAAAAGAAUAUACGAUGGAAGGCAUUCCUCUCUGGCCAAUACUUUUCUCCCUGCAAGCCCUUCACCCCCAAGUGUUCUGCUCUGAGCCAAGCUCACUUGCAGUACUAGCCACAGACUGAUAAAGUAAGCCUGCAGUGGCAAGAGGGUGUAGCAGUCUUUGCCCACACCACUUUUGUUGCUCAAAAAUUAGCCCAUGCACCUGCCGCAUUCUUACGGAAUAGGGCAGAUCCAGGUUUAAACACACUGUUUACAUCCCCAGGAUACUGAAUUAUGCCAUCAGUGCUAUUGUCUGACCACUGGCGCUACUUGGUUGCGUAUUAGACCCCCCCCCCCAUCAGCUUUUAAAGGUUUCGCAAACGCUGGCCAUAACUCAACAUGGACCUUGGCAUGCUUAAGCCCAAAUCAGGGUGCUUAAAUGUGUUCAGUUCUGUGUUAGGUUGUGACCUCUUAUUUUAAAACUGCAAAAGCUUCCUGCCUGCCGCCACUUGGUGUGACAGUUCUGUAAAGCAUGUUAAUAUACAUAUUCCAUUUUGCCUGAAACGAGUGAUUAACAAAACAGUUUAGACAGCCAUAUUUAAAUAGUCCUGUACAAAAUAUACUAGGAGGCAGAGAAACAACUUCGGCCAUAGUCUGUAUGAAAUGGCAGUUUGCUGCAUAUACAUCAUGGCCCAUUUUGCUCAUCUGUGUAGCACUUGAAGGGUAAUGCUGUUGCUUAUCAUCUUCUCUUCCCCUUAUUCCCCUCCAUGCUUUGCUAGAGAAGUCAAAUCCACAUUCAACACUGUUAGAGCUUUUUAAAAAAUCACCAGGUGUCUACAAAGGCUUCAGAGUGUGUCCCUAAAGUGAGUUCCUUGGUUACAUCAAUAUUUUCUGACAUUAUGACAUACAGUUUCUCCGGCUUCGUAUUUCUAAAGGCACAUGAGUACCAAAUACAUUUUUCCAUAAAUAUUUGGAAAAUAGUCUUAAAAUGUAAUUAAUGCUACACAAAUGUGUUUCCCCAAUUAUACAGAUGAUAGUUUAUUAUAUUUUGUUAUAGUUUAUAAUAUUUGAUUUGACAACUGGCUGAUUAAUUUAUUUUAACAACAAAUAUUUCUUAUGGCAGUGGGAGGUGGGAAGAUACACUUGUGACAGUGGGGCGUGGAGGGGUGCUGAAGCUUUUGUUUAUGUUGCCAUAGUGGCAAUAGAGGUAUAUAUUUCAAAUAAAAGCUUUGAUCUUUAUGCUUUAAAUACUUUUGGAAAAAGCAAAGUACCGUGAGCUCAGAAAGCUAUAGAAGAUGGGUAGAAAUAAUAAUAAUAAAAAAGAAUGGCUGUCAUGAACUUCCAGUGGAAUGCAAUGAGUGUUUUUCACAAUCUGGAUGUGAUCAUGUCUUGUACUAGCAUUAAUAUUAUUUAUUUGUCUGUGGGGUUACUAAUCAGUGUUCAAAAGUAAGAACUAGACUAUCUUUGCAUUUGCAAAAUUGCAUUUGAUGUCAUACAUCAGUAGGCUUGAAACCGAAGAACCUUUUCCAGCAAGUCUUCCUUGCAGACCUUACAGUAUAGAAAAUUACAGAACAGGUAGCAAAAACAACAUACAGAUCUCCCUACCUGUUGCGCAGCCCCUUAGUCUUAUCUUGAGGAUUAUUCUUCUCACAUAAGUGAUCUCGGAGUGAUUUCAGUUUUAGUAAUAUAGAUAGAUGUGUACACACACACACACACACACACGGACUCUACACUUCCGCGGUUUGUGUUAUCUCUGAAUUUAUUUCAGUACAUUUUGAAGUGGGAGUGGGGUUUGUGUACACAAGAUAUGAUGUACAGCCAAAGCAGUUAUGAAAACUGCUUUUUGUCUUUUUCACAUUAAAUGAUUUGAAAACAUACA